AUGUCGGCAAAGGCACUUCAGACAGACAUGGCCGUGGAAACACCCGCAGUUCAAUUCCCGUUCCCCACCCGCUUCGUCUGGUGUCUUAAAAUUUUGCUCUUUAAGGCUGCGACAAUUAUCUUUGCCCUCUUCCGACGGCGUCACAACCCGACGCCAGUGUCCACGAAGCCGACGCUGGUCAAGCGGUACUUAUGUCGGCCUAUGUUGAACAACCGGAUUUUCUUCCCACCGCAAUAUCAGCCAGGCAAUAAACCGAUACCUCUUUAUCUGGACAUACAUGGCGGCGGUUUCGCGGUUGGUAGCCCCCGAAUGGACGACGAAUUCUGCACCUCCUGGGCCAGACGUACGGGAAUGCUGGUUGUGAGCCUUGAUUACCGGAAAGCACCACGUCACCCGUUCCCGACAGCAACAUAUGACAUUGCUGCCUUGAUAAAUGCGGUCCUCGGGGAUGAGGCACUACCUAUCGACAAAGUCCGGGUCGCUAUUGGAGGCUUUAGCGCAGGAGGCAAUCUGGCUCUUUCCGUCUCACAACUGCAGGGCAUCAAAGAUCGAAUAACAGCUGCUGUUGUCUACUACCCUGUCGUUGACUUUGGUGUCCCCCCCCAAACGAGAAGCUAG